AUGAAGAUCCUAAAAUCCAACGAAGCCUUCGAAAGAAUCAACGACGAGCUGCAAUUCUCCUACGUCAAAUACUUCGUGCAGCGAGAUGGUGUGCUCUACUACGGCAAGUGGAAAAAUCGAUACCAUCCUCCCUCCACUCUGGACCAACUCGAGGAAGUGCAGCAAAUCCAAACUAACGACAGAGGCCCACUCAUCCAACCCACCUGGUCAACAAUCUACAUCAAGACACCGAGUCUUCUGUCGUAUGUGGAUGGGUCUGAUUUGGAACAACAGAUUCUCCGGGAAGUGACUGUGUGUGAGAUUCUGCGGAACAACCCACACCCAAAUCUAGCAACCUACUACGGGUGCCAGGAGACAAACGGUCGAGUGUCCGGGCUGUGUUUCAAACGGUAUACAUGCACUUUACUCGAAAAGGCCAAUCCAGGGCAUUUAAACAAAGAGGAAUUUCGUCUGAGUGGACGCGAGCAUGUUGGUGAGGCCAUUCGGAGUUGUUUAGAUGGGAUACUGGACGGGAUUAGACAUCUUCAUUCCCUUGGGUUUGUGCAUAACGAUAUCAAUCCGGCGAAUAUCAUGUUCGAUGAGGAUGGGGGGCCGGUGAUUAUUGAUUUUGAUAGUUGUCGGAGGAUUGGGGAGUCGUUAAAGGGCACGGAGACGAAGAGGACGCAUCAGUGGCAUGAUCCGCGGGUGGAGAUGGUGGUGCAGGUGAAUGAUUUGGAUGCGUGGCAGGUGUUGAGGAUUUGGUUGAUGGGGGGGCUGGAGGAAAGGUUUCUUUUUGGGUCGUGA